CGCAUCUCUCUCCUCUCUGCACUGUAGACAGCGCCGGGCGACAUGACCGGCGGCGUGAACGGCAACGGCGGAGGAGGAGGCGGCAACGGCGGGGCGUGCGCGGUGUGCAAGCACCAGCGGCGCAAGUGCGAGCCCAACUGCGAGCUGGCCGCCUACUUCCCGGCCAACAGGAUGAACGACUUCCGCGCGCUGCACCUCGUCUUCGGGGUGGCCAACCUCACCAAGCUCAUCAAGGCCAACGCCACCGAGGCGGCGCGGCGGCGCGCCGCCGAGACGCUGACGUGGGAGGCGCGGUGGCGCGAGCGCGACCCCUCCGAGGGGUGCUACCGCGAGGUCUCCUGCCUCCGCCGCGAGAACGCUGUGCUGCGCGCCGAGAACGCCGCGCUCAGGCGCCGGGCCAACCAGUGCGCGUGCUGCGCCACCACGUUGCAGCAGCAGCAGCAGCAGCAGAUACUGCUCGUCUCGGCUUACAACAACGGCGCCCGGCCCCCCGGCGGCGUGCUGCACGGCGCCAGCGCCGGGGUCGUGCCCGGCGGCUUCUACAGCGGCAAUGCCGGCGCCGUCCGUGCCGCCAAUGGCAACGGGGCGAUGCCCGCGCGGCCUCACGUGUCAGCUCCGGCGCCGCAGACGACGAUGGCCGGGUACGCGCAGGGGGAUCGCCACCACGCCGCGUCCGGCGGAGCGAACGGCACCGGCGCAGCUGGUCAGGCGGAGCCCAGGGAGAAGAGCAGCGCGAGGUGUGACGCUCAGCGCACAGCUAGCUAGCAGUGGGCAGUGAGAGAAGAUGAAGGCCCCAAACCCUAGGCUGACUACAGAAAUUCAACUGUUUCCUAUGAAAUUCAUGUCCUAAGUAGGAACAAGCCCUAAGUAUUGGUUUUGGAAUAAAAAGUAGGUUUACUUCAUCUUUUUUUUUGUGUGUGUGUUUCUCUUCUGCUUGAGCAGGAUAUCUAAAGUUCAAAGUGUAAAAACUCAGCUUUGUAUAACUGGUGAUUCAUUUAAUUAGAAGCCAGAAGAUGAUACAUGCAUUUUAGAGAUUAUUUCAA